AUGAUUCUUCUCGGAGGACUAUUCGCUAUUUCAGAUGGCUCCGAAAUUCAAAGACUGAUAGCAUACGCUGUUCGCUCUGGAAUCAAUAGAUUGGUGGACGCGACUGAUUUCAAAGUUGCUGGUCUUUCGAUAAUAAAUGUUACACUCACCAUCGACAAGUCGUCCGUCGAACCCGGUGAAUCAGUGUCAUUCAAAGUUUCGGCCGACCCUGAAUCGUAUGUUGGGCUUCUCGUGCUCGACCAAUCUGUACUUCUUCAAAAGUCUGGAAAUGACAUUACACCGCAGUUGAUUGAGUCGGAUAUCGAGGAAUACGAUACUACUGGUUAUCAGGGUGGUGGCGGAUUUCGUCCAUGGGAAGGAGCGAUCGACAAGAGGAGGAGAAAGCGGUCCAUAUGGAAUCCAUGGUGGGGUGUUGGUGGAAAAGAUGCAGCCAGUAUUUUUGAAAAUGCCGGCUUGAUUGUUCUGACAGACGCAUAUCUAUACCGACAGCCAGAUCCGCCAAGUGCGUUGAUAUUACGGUAUAAUCUGGUCUGCCAGGAUCCUGAAUAA